GUCACUUCACCCGGAAGUAAUGGAGAAGCGUUUCAAAGGUUACAUUAGCGUGAAUAGAGUUGUUGUUAUUUCGUAACUAACGUUUUAUUAAUGCAUUUAUAUGAUAUAUUUAAUAUAUCGACGUUGUGGACGUAUAGUGCUUAUGUUUAGCUAACAACCCGACUUUGCAGUUUGUCUUUCAGAAUAAUGCAAACUUUGAAAGGGGUCAGACACUUGAUGACAUCAGCUACCAUGAAACAAACAGGUAAGAAUGAAUCCUUUCUUGAUCAUCAGAACUUAUGGGAGCUCUCUUGACAUUAACUUAGUGAACUCAUUAGUGUGUUGUGUGUGUGUGUUCUUGUUUGUUUGUUUGUUGAGCUUCUUAUAACACGUCCUCAUGCACUAUUACUGAUUGUUGUGCCAUGUUAUAUGCUUAGUAAUGUGUCUUAAUAGUAAUUGCCCUUCAGUGUCAGAGUUCAAUAUGCCAGUACCGUGGGGAGAGAUGAGGGGCAAGGUCUGGGGUCCUGACCGUGGUCGUCCAAUACUCUGCCUGCACGGCUGGGCAGACAACUGUGGCACUUUCAACACUCUCAUUCCACUGCUGCCCAAAGGUACGUAGGCUGUCUGACUGCUAGAUCAGCACAGAUAAUUAUACAAUAGAUACAUGAGAGCUUGUCAUUGGAAAUGGAAGGACAUUCAGUUGCAUAGUUGUUCAGUACGGAGUGAGUCAGGCUCUUACAUACCCUCUCUCUCUCUCUCUCUCUCUCUCUCUCUCUCUCUCUCUCUCUCUCUCUCUCUCUCUCUCUCUCUCUCUCUCACACUCUCUCUCACACUCACACUCACACUCACACACACACACACUCAGAGUGGAAGUAUGUAGCUGUGGAUAUGGCAGGCCAUGGCCUCUCCUCCCAUAGACCUCCUGGAGUCUUCUACAGCUUUCCUGCUUAUGUGGCCGACAUACGGCGAGUCAUUGGAGGUAAUAAUAAUAAUUGAAAUUAAUUUAGUGGAUGCAUAUAUUUGUCCUAUUUCACACAUGCACAAGUGUGUAUUAAUACAAAUGUGUGAAUUGGAAAUGUGUUUUUUGCAAAUCCCACUCUCUCUGAGACACCCUCGGAGAAUGGGGUCACGGCCAGGGUCUGCCUGGAAGCGACCCUGGAGCGAUUAGGGUUAAGUGCCUUGCUCAAGGGCACAUCAACAGAUUUUUCACCUUGUAGGCUCGAACUACCGACCUUUCGGUUACUGGCCCAAUGUUCAAACCGCUACCUGCUGGUUAGAGUGUAUUCAGACCAAUGUGACCUUUGCCCCAGUAAGAGCUGAAAAGCAAUGAUUGAAAGUAAAGUGAAGUUAGACACAGCUAUAUGAGGUUUCUUCAUUCUUUCUGUCCUAGGUAGGUGUGAUUAGGUAUAAAAGUAUGAAGCCAAAUUUAGCAGAUUAUCUAUCGAUUUAAUCCAUUGAAAUGUGUUUGCAGCUCUCCAAUGGAAGAGAUUUUCUAUUAUCGGACACAGUAUGGGUGAGUGACUGUUCAUGUUCAUGUUAAUCUCUCUUCCACUCGUUGUGUUCAGAUCAGACAUUGUUGUUUUCCUGUUUGUACAGACAUCUGAUCAUGUGCUCUCCAUUUUACAGGUGGCAAUGUAGCUGGAAUGGUAAGCAUAAAAAAAAAAAAAAACACGUCAAUGGUGUUUCAUAUCUCUGUGUGUCUUCGCAAUUGACAAUAUCCAGAGACAGUAUCUGUGUAUGUAACCAUGUCCUGUUGUCUUUGUCCAGUUCAGUGCUCUGUAUCCAGAGAUGGUGGAGUCAGUGGUUCUCCUGGACUCCUAUGGAUUCAUACCCACAGACUCGGUACUGAAACACCAACCACUCUUUGAUCAUUUUCUCCUUGGAACUGUUCAGAACAUCCACAUUUAUAAUGUCUCGCUCUCUAACAUUGGGUCUCUUACCCUAGAAAGAAUUGCAUACGGUGAUAAGACAGGGAUUUGAAGAAAUGCUCCAGUUUGAGAAGAAGAAAGAUGAGAUGAAAGAGAAGGUUUACACCUAUGAGAACGCAUUGAUGAGGUAAGACCACACUUCCUUGUUUUACAAUGACACUUCUGUUAUGUUGGGCUGUCUGGCCAUAAUCUCUCUGCUAUGAUAAUCCUAGUCAAUGCGUCACUCUUUUGAUGUGUUAAUCACUUCCAGACUUUUGGCAGCAAACCCCUCUCUCUCGAAGCAGUCUGCACACAUUCUUCUAGAACGAGGACUCGCUCAGGUUGAAGGAGGUAAAAUGAUCAUUUUUUUCUCUCUCUCUCUCUCUCUCUCUCUCUCUCUCUCUCUCUCUCUCUUAUUGUCUUUUUUUCUAAUUUCACUUUGUUUCUCUCUUUCUUGUCAUCUUUCGUACUCAUAUCAUUGUAAUAUAAUAGUAAUACUAACACUUUCUAUUUUGCUUUCAUAGGGGUUGUGUUCACCCGAGACUUUCGAAUCAAUCUGGUAAGACUCAUCUUUUUGUGUUAAUAGUCCUCAUAAAAAAGACACACUAGUUGAUUUGUAUCUUUUCUGUUUAUAGGAAGGCUAAUGUGUUUUGUUUCUGUUUGUUUCAGAAAAACGUUGUGCGUGUCAGCCUGGAGCAGAGUCUAGAGUUGCAGUCCAGGAUACAGGCCAGAGUUCUAGUAGUACUGUAAGACACUCUCCCAUCAUUACACUAUUUCACAAUUAUUACCUGAUUAUUACACAGUUUCUGUUGUAUGUUACACUUUACCAUACUAUACCGUCAAUCACUAUUCUUUACUGUUAAUAUGUUUUACUUAAAGAUCUGUCUAAUUCUCCUGAUAGGGCGGAGGAGGGGUUUGAGAAGAUGUUUUCUGAACCAGAACAGAAGACAUUUACCUCAACGCUACUUCAAGGGUAUAAAGACCAAAGCGUGAGUAUACUUACUUAUACAGCUGCAUUUACAAAGAAACAAUGGUCUACUCACAUUUAAAUCGUGGACACUAAUGUCACUUUUAUGGUUGCUACUGAAACAUUGAAGCAGAAUAUUGGUCCUUAUGUUGUUACUACAAUCAUAUUGUUCUCUGCUCCUUGCAGCUACAGUACUGUAUAGAUGAGAACUAAGCAGAGACAGUGGUAAAAGCUCAGCAUCACAGAGAGGCAGUAAGAAUAGUUUUAGCUGCAAACACUGACCUACAUACUGGCACUCAGAUUGGUCAAAUGCAGGGUUUUUGGGAAGGAAUAGUUUAUAUUUAUUUGUUUUCUUUCUCUCUCUCUCUCUCCCCCAUCCCUCUCUGUCUCUCUCUGUCUCUCUCCCUCCCACUCUCUCACGCCUCUCUCUCUGUCUUGCGCUCUCUCUCUCUCUCUCUCUGUCUCUCUCUCUCUGUCUCUGUCUCUCUCUCUCUCUCUCUCUCUCUCUCUCUCUCUCUCUCUCUCUCUCUCUCUCUCUCUCUCUGUGUCUCUGUCUCUGUCUCUGUCUCUGUCUCUCUCUCUGUCUCUCAGGGCAUGGUGGUUAACGUACCUGGUGAUCAUCAUGUCCACCUGAACACCCCUGAGACUGUGGCCCAAAUCGUCACUGACUUCCUCCAGGAAGAAGCUCCUUCACACAGCACUGCAGAGGAUACACAGGCAGCCAAGUUAUAACCCUCCGCCCCUCCCCCCACUGUGUUAGUUAUUAUUUAGAACUCUCAAAUACAUGCAGUGGGCCUGUAGCCUUCCUGGUGCCAUUCAUCCAUUCAUAAUAUGAGCAAUAUUAAAGGUAGACUCAGCGAUUUGAUGGA